GGGAGGCGGCGGCGGCGCGGCGGGACGGGGAAGAUGGCGGCGGCGGCGGAGGAGGCGGCGGCGGUGGCGGCGGGGCGGCGCUGAGGAGGCCCGAGGCGGGCUGAGGAGUGGCGGGGCGGGCGGGCGGGGGCCCAUGUGCGGCGGCGGCGGCCCCCCCCCGCCCCCCACUACCGGCGGCGGCGGCGGCCCCUUCGCAACCAGGCGCCGCUGAGGCGGCUCCGCCGGCGCAGAGCGAGCGCGGCCCCGGCCCGGCGGCAGGAUGAAGUUCGCCGAGCACCUCGCGGCGCACAUCACGCCGGAGUGGCGGAAGCAGUACAUCCAGUAUGAGGCUUUGAAAGAGAUGCUAUACGCAGCUGUGGACCAGGCCCCUUCUAUAGAAGACACAGAUGAGGACACAGUGAAAAGGUGUUUUGCCACGUUUGAAGAGAAGUUCUUCCAAACCUGUGAGAAAGAACUUGCCAAAAUCAACAUUUUCUAUUCAGAAAAGCUCGCCGAAGCCCAGCGCAGGUUUACGACUCUUCGGACGGAGUUACAAUCCACUUUGGACGCCCAGAAAGAAGCCAGCGGGGCUUCCACGCUGCCGCGGCGCAGAAAGCCCGUCUUCCACCUGUCCCACGAGGAGCGUGUCCAGCACAGGAACAUCAAGGACCUGAAAUUGGCCUUCAGCGAGCUCUACCUCAGCCUCAUCCUCCUGCAGAACUACCAGAACCUGAACUUCACCGGCUUCCGCAAGAUCCUGAAGAAGCAUGACAAGAACCUGGAGACGACACGGGGGGCAGAAUGGCGGGUGGCCGAGGUGGAGGUGGCGCCUUUCUACACCUGCAAGAAGAUCAACCAGCUUAUCUCCGAAACAGAGGAAGUGGUGACCAACGAGUUAGAAGAUGGAGACAGACAGAAAGCUAUGAAACGUUUGCGUGUUCCACCCUUAGGAGCAGCUCAGCCUGUCCCAGCCUGGACAACAUUCAGGGUUGGAUUGUUCUGUGGGCUGUUCAUUGCACUCAACGUCACUGUCAUACUUUCAGGUGUGGCUUUUAUAGAUGGACCAAAUGUGUGGCCACUGGUGAGAAUCUAUCGAGGUGGCUUUCUCCUGAUAGAAUUCCUCUUUCUCCUGGGUAUCAACACGUACGGCUGGAGACAGGCUGGGGUGAAUCACGUCCUCAUCUUCGAACUCAAUCCCCGCAGCAACUUGUCCCAUCAACAUCUCUUUGAGAUUGCUGGUUUCCUGGGGGUUUUGUGGUGCCUGAGCCUGCUGGCAUGUAUAUAUGGUAAAUUCACCUACAUCCCUAUGCAGGUGAACCCACUCAUCUUGUACGGCUUCAUGUUGCUUUUUCUCAUCAACCCUACCAAAACCUUUUAUUACAAGUCCCGGUUUUGGCUGCUCAAACUAUUGUUUCGAGUGUUCACUGCUCCCUUCCACAAGGUAGGCUUCGCAGAUUUCUGGCUGGCUGAUCAGCUCAACAGCCUGGUCGUGAUACUCAUGGAUCUGGAAUACAUGAUCUGCUUCUACAGCUUUGAGGUUCAGUGGGAGGACAAUGCUGGACUUCUGGCAAAUACAGAUAAUCAGAUUUGUUACAGCUACUCCUACGGAGUGAGAGCCGUUGUCCAGUGCAUCCCUGCUUGGUUGCGAUUCAUCCAGUGCCUGCGCCGUUACCGUGAUAACAAACGGGCCUUUCAUCUGGUUAACGCUGGAAAAUAUUCCACCACCUUCUUCGUGGUGACAUUUGCAGCCCUCUACAGCACUCAUAAAGCUAAAAACCACAGUGACACCCAAGUGUUCUUCUACCUGUGGAUUAUCUUCUAUUUCAUCAGCUCAUGCUAUACCCUAAUUUGGGACCUGAAGAUGGACUGGGGUCUCUUCGACAAAAAUGCUGGUGAAAAUACCUUUCUUCGAGAAGGAAUUGUCUACCCACAGAAAGCAUACUACUAUUGUGCCAUUGUAGAAGAUGUCAUCCUGCGUUUUGCGUGGACCAUCCAGAUCUCCCUCACUUCCAUGCAAAUCUUUCCGUACGCUGGGGACAUCAUUUCGACUGUAUUUGCCCCACUUGAAGUAUUCCGGCGAUUUGUGUGGAACUUCUUCCGUCUGGAGAACGAGCACCUGAACAACUGUGGUGAGUUCCGUGCCGUGAGGGACAUCUCCGUGGCACCGCUCAACGCCGAUGACCUGACGCUCUUGGAUCAGAUGAUGGACCAGGAGGAUGGUGUACGAAACCGCCGCAAGAACAAGCAGUGGAAGCGCAGCCAGAGCGUGUCCUUGCGCAGACCUCGCCUUGCUUCACAGUCCAAGGCUUCUGACACCAAGGUAUUGAUAGACGACCUAGCGAAUGAAGCGAACACAUGAGAUGGCUGUGGUCUCCGAUGCCGCCUCCUUUGUUUUCUCGUUCUGUUCCCCUCUUCCCCAAGUAACCCGGUCUCUGGUACAGUUCCAGCUGAAAACAGGAGAAAACACUGAACACAUUUUCCGAGCUCUUCCAGACCAGAUCCUAUGGACUCCAACAAGCUCACUGUGUUUCGUUUCUUUUCUUCUGGGUUAAUUUUAAUGUUCUAUUUAAAAAAAAAAAAAAAAAAGAAAGAAAAAAAAAAGAAAUAAAAUAUUUUACUUUGUUUUGCCAAUAAAGAGGACAGUUCAGGAAAGAAGGAUUGUUUACAGUCUCAACAAGGACAUACAAACCUAUCUGGAUAACGAAGCAUCGUAGGGACUCCCUCAUGGGACAGUGCCGAGAGCACCUUCGGUUUCUGCUUGGCCCGGUUUUGACUGGUUGAAACCGGACUUAAGUUUUUAAACCUGAUGUUUUUGGUUUUGUUUUGGGUUUUUUUUUCUUCAUAUCCAGCGCUGAGGCACUGGCUGCACUUGCAGGGAAAGUGCACUUAGAGCAGUAUCUUCAUUCAUGAAGCUACUUUUUAAUUUGAUGUAACUUUUCUUAUAAUUUUUUGGAAAAUAUGAUGUAUCUGUUGCAUAUAGUUUUCACAUUAUUUAUGAAACUUAACAACCAUAUGAGAGUGAUUUUGAGUCCUGUGCAAUCACGGUUGUAAACGGUAAAACAAAGCCAGGAAUGUACAUCUGGAUCUCCAGGGUUGUGGGGUGAUGCCCUGCGAAUACCCCUCGCGUGAGACAUCUUGCACCUCUGUUUACCUUUUCUCUCUUUCUUUCUUUUCUGUUUUAUUUUAAACCAAAGUUUCUCUUUCUGUUCGAUGCCAACUUUCCGUGCAGACGAUCCUAAAGGCCCUUUUGAAAGAAGUUGGGUCCUACCAACAGUGCAAAAACUAGGCGAACUAAGGCUUCAGAACUGCGUUCUCCGGAUCAAAAAACAACAUUUUUCAAAGCCUUAAUAGAUGGCGUGAGGGCACCCCUGUAGCGAGCAGGGACAUUUCCUGGUGUUCUCCUGCAGAAGUGGAGCGGGACGGGGCGAGGAGGUGAUGGAUUCCAUGAGCAGUUGCGCAGGGAUGGGAUUUUGGGAGCGGUUGUGCAUUGGAGAGCUGUCGGGGAGCAUGGAAAAGAUGGUGUUGUGCCAACAAGAAGCCGGGAGGAGACCUGUUUUUGAAUUUCACCGAAGGUGAAAUUCAAAAACAGGUCUCCUCCCGGCUUCUUGUUUGGCAAAACCCUCUGUUGGGCGCAAUCCCGGCACCCUAGUUUGCAUGAUGGAAUUGCAGGAAUCCCUGCUCAGCUGCUGUCGGGUGGUUAUUUUUGUUUUAUCAUUAGCUAAUAGCAUGGUUUCUUACACAACCGGUACGUUGCAUUUUUCUCAGUUUGCCUGCUGUGCCUCUUGCCCAGAGGAGCUGAAGAAGGAAACCUAAUUCUCUGAGUUUAAUUUGGAUUUGAUUAGGCGGCGGCGGACCCGUGCCAGGCUGAGGGCAGCGCUGCAAACCUGUAACCACCUGCAUUUCUAUGACGUGCUCUUGGCUUAUAAAGGGACCUGCAGGGAGAUGCCUCCGUGUGUGGGUGGUGGAGGAGCUUGUGUGUGAUGUGGUGCUUCUCGCAGCUCCUGUGUCCAUCUGCUCUGGCGGGGAGGGCUCUGGACUAGCAGGAGUUGUGGUGCAUCACCCCUUUGGAGCCUGUUUUCCCAUCUUUAACCCCUUUAGGUCUUUCGUUCUUGCUUAAACAGAAGGUUCCCGUUCACAUGGAAGCGGAGCCUGAGAUAUAAAGCCCAUUAAAAUAUUUCCGUUUCCGAACUUGCGUUGCAGCGGUUGUUGACAUUUCCAGACCUCGCGUAGGUGUUUCCAACAAGAGCGGUGGGAGAGGAGAGAAGCCAGACCUUCAGGAGGGCAAUCCAAAAUAAACCAGUGCUGUUCCUUGAACAGGUGGUUCUUUACAAAAAGAAGCAGAGUUUACUGGUAAUUCAUCCUUUUAGAGGGAAGGGAAAAAUACAGAGAGACAUUUGGAAGGGAUGGGGAGAGCAGGGCAUGGUUUGGGUGGGCUGUGUCCCACCUGCGCCAUCCAACCGUCUGCUUCCCAACCUGGUGGGGAGGGUCAAGUCACAAGUAAUUAAAUGCCUAUUCUGUAGUUUAUCAAAGCCCAUGGGGAAACAAGAAUUCAGUCUGUCCAUCUGCUCUGCUCCUUGCUCUGCGUUCUCCCUUCCCUUUUUCUGUCUUUGCUCGCAGGAGAAAUAAGAAAAAGGGUGGUGACAUGCUACAGCUAGCAAAUGUUAUCUCCUAAAAUAAAACAUCGUCCCUUUUGGCAGUGAAGAUGCUCUCUAGGAGGAAAGGAGCCUGAAUUCCUGGAGGCUUUUGGAGGCUCCCAGCUCCCCAGUCCUGUAUCUGCAUGUUCCCUCCCUCCCUCCCUGAGAUUUCUGAGAAAUCAGACGUGCAGAUUUCUCCUGAGAGCGAGCACUAAAUCUGGGAUGGCUCCGCAUCUCUGAGAACAUCUGGCCAAUAAAGGGGAGACCUAACGAAGCCGAGCAGAUGGUGAGAGAAAAUGAUGAGAGAAAAUGACCCCAUCCCUCCUUACGAGUGGCCUGGGGUGGCUUCCUUCUGUGAGCAGGUUUUGCUAAGGGGUGUUUGGAAACACUCCUGGAGGGAGGAGAGCAGAGUUAAAAAGAGUUUUUAUUUUUCUUUAAUCCAGCGUUUUAGCUGCUGGGAUGUAGCUGGAUGGAAAGUGGAAGCUCAGACAGGUCUGUGCUCUGCCUGCUGUGAAGCUUUCGGGUGCUGAGCUCUCCCCUCUUCUUGCGAGUCAGUGCAGAGGUUGUGGCUGCGUUUGGCUCAGGAUGGCAUGGAAGCCGCUUUUGGCUGGCAGGAACCUUUGCAGAUGGAGAUGCAGAGGAGAUGCCACAGUGUGGCCGGUGACUUCUGGAGAUUCCCUUUGAACUUGCUUCAUGCUGAUGUCCCUGCUGCUUUCCAUCCUUCCUGCUCUUCCAGGGUUUUUUGGGGUUGCAGGGGGUUUGGAUUUGCAGCAUCCAGGGUUUAUUUGCUAGUUGGCAUUCGCUGGGUGGCUUUGGGACCUUGUCACCAGCAAUGCCGGGUCCCCCAGCCUGGGGAGGGCUGUGCUGUAUACUGCAGGUGCCCACUCCUGUUCCUCCUCCUUCAGUCGGUGUCUUUGCCGUUUGUCCUAAGCUGAUGGUCUGCAGGGCAAGAGGGAAUGGCCGGCAGCAGCCUUCAGUGUGAAGAUCUUUGACGGGGAGGAAGAGAGUAUUUUGUGGAGUGCGAUCCGGGCUGGGGAGAUGACAGUCCCUGGGGGUUUUACUGCAGAUCUCCCGAGGAGCCAGGGACAUGGCAAAAAGCCUUCGAGCUUUGCCUGCGGUUUGAACAGCCGAGUGAUUUUGGCCUUACCCUGCGAGGAUGCUGCCGCAUGCUGCUUGCCUGACUCUGGCAUGCACCCCAGGUUUUUGGGGCGUUUGUGGACCUGACGUCAGGCCUUCGCGCUGGGAUGUGCCCCGGGACUGGGACACGACCCGGGUCCCCCUGGGAACACAAAAGCCACUUUGGUCACACGCUGCAUCCUGGCCCUGUGUCCUCCCUCCUCUUCUCCACCGUUCUGCUUUGCACUCGCAGUGGGGAAGAUGAUCUUCUGCCUUAAUUUUUUUUUUUUAAUUUACAUUUUUAUUUCAGAAGGCGAUUGGAUUGCUUUGUCUCCUUGGGAAAGAGGGGCCGGGGCUCCUGAGGGGAAUACUGGAAAAUCCCUGUGGUAACUAUAGCAGUCACGGUUGGGCUCGGUGGCUGUCACCUCAUCAAACAUUGCCUCCCUUCUGUGAUGCUGUCCCAUGGAAUGAGCUGUCAACCCGCCAGCGCUGUGGGGUUACACUGGGGUGUCCGCAUCCCUCGGAGGCUUCGGUCUCUGCUGCAGCAGCCUGGCUGCAAGAGAAAUGUGGUGUUUGCAGGGGGAGGAGAGGAGAGGAGAGGACUGGUGAUAUUUGGUGUACCCAGAUGCUGAUGCCCCAGCCCUGGCCCCAGCACAGCCUUGGAGCGAUGAGCGAGAAGCACCGACCCUGCUUGGGACGAUGCCCCAUGGCCUGACGGUCCCUCAAGCUCUAGAAACCAAAAUUUCAAGCUCUUUGCUCCAGAGGAGAAAAUUGGGCAGCCUGGUAGAACUUGUGGUGACCUCCCCAUCCUGUAGGUCCUGGCAAAGGAUCGGCGACUGGAAGGGACCUGGGGUAGAAAUGCCAAAGUUCCCCCUGGUCCUGCUGCCGCCUUCCUCUCCCCUCCCUGCUGUGUUGGUCUAAAUGAUCUUUCUAUGAAGCCCUGUAGAUGUCAAAAGUAAUUAUGGAGUGUGAUUAGUCCUCUGUGGGUGCUUUCUUUCUUUCUUUCCUCCUUCUUUCUCUUUUGCUAUCCCCUUCUCCACUCUUCUUUUUUGGCUAAGUGGAAAAGGUGAGGACAAAGAAUUGCCGCUUGCUUGGACUCAUGAUGUAUCUGUGACUGCGCUAUUAGCUGUCUCCUCUUUCCUCCCCAAAUGGAUAUAAUUUUUGAAGUGUGGAAUACCCUUCUUGAUAAGUAGGUUUAAAAAAAAAUAAUGCACAAUGUGAUACUGUUUCAUAGUUUCUAGGUGGUUGUAUAAAGCAAAGUUACUGUGAUUGUGUUUUUCAAAGGAAAAAGUGAUUGGUUACGAAAUCUGUCCUUUUUUCAUUAUUACAAGCUCUUUGUUUUCCAAUGA